AUGCUUGCCAAGAUUGUCUCUGCGUUUGCCAGCCUUGCCUUCGCGCGGGCUGGGCCAUGUGACUGUCUCAAUUGGGCAGGGGUGUAUUACGACCACCUCGCCAUGUGCGGCCGCGGCAAAGAGCUCCAUUUCCUGUCCAAGUACGGCUUCACUGCUGCUUAUGCUGCCACUGAGCCCAUCGCAGGCCUGCCGCACAAGGUCUGCAACGAUUUCUUCAAGAACCUUAAGAACAACUCCUGCGUCAACGUUGACCUGUUGGCGCUGAGCGACGAGACCGAUGGCGUGGUCGCCAUGGGCGACGACAACAUGACCGACAAGCAGUGGUGCUACGUGUCCAACGACUGCCCCGUGGCCAGCCUGAACGGUGGCGAGUACGCCACCAACAUGAUGGGCUUCCAGCUCGGCGGAUGGAACAACCUCGCCAGCACGAGUAAUCUGUCCUGGAAGAUCUGCGAUCCAGUCGCGGACGCGAGUUACAUGUUGAAGUACAAGACGGUCCAGGAGCUGAUCGACAUCGGCACGGAGAGCGACGUUGGUCUUUCCAGGCUCAUUCGGUUGGCCUACCCCGUCGUGGCGAUCACAUGGGCCGAGGUGAAGUUCAUGAUGGAGGCCAUCAAUGAUGGUUGGACCACCAGUUCCGACCUGGCCACUGUGGUCGACGGGCUUGCGGCUCCGCCUGCCACCUUCACCAGGGCCGCGGAGGUACACACGACGAUCAGCGACAUCAUCAAGUCGGGGCAGGCCACGAUCCUCGACUCCCCAGGGCACGGGGACAACUUCCACGUGAUCAAGGGCCGCGAGGCGUGGAGCGUGGUGAGGAACGGUCUGGGCAAUAUGAUCUACCUCAGCGGCCACUUCUCCAUGGAGUUCGACGUGACGUGCCUCAUGGGCUGCGCCACCGAACGCGUGGAGGCCCUCGACCUGGAGACGCAGUGA